CCUCUUCCGCCCGGCUCCGCAGAAUUUAUUUUGUUUUCCCUGGUGUCUCGGUAGUAUUUCAGAGACGCCUGCGUUGCUCACUGCCCCCCGCCUAUCGCCCCCGUGGUCAACAAAGAAGAAAUACAGCAGUAGCAGGCUCUCGUGAAAAUAAAGACAACCUCGAUAAUUUCUUGCUCAUUCUUCAUUGCCAAUAUCUUUCACGCUAAUGGAUACACAUGUAUACUCGGCCGCUGCUACGGGCGCUAUGCACAUCACACCACACAAGCUGAACCGGCUGCACUCACAGCUGUUGAUCACAAAGAAGCCAAAGCGCCGCACGCCACUCCAGAGCAUCCACAUCCGCGCGCUCGAGCACGGGUGGCGGGUGCCUGUUGCCAAUACGCCGCUGGGCGUGAUAGGCAAGGAUGAAAACGCCCAGAUACACAUACUUGGCACGCCGCUGCGUCGCCCGCGCCAGCGCACUGCACCGCGCCACUCGACCUGGCGGGUCCUGCAAAGCAGUGGUAUCGAGAGCCGUAGGCAUCUGGCAGCCGUACCAUUUGCGUUCUAACGACAAUAAAUCGCUUGCAGAGCCGUGACAGCGCGGUUCGGACCGCAGCGCGGUGAUCGACCGAUCCCCACUGAUUGAUUUCGUGGGCUAGAUCAACAGAUAUAAAAUGUUUGCGGUUUAAAAGCCGACGCUGGCCGGACGCAGACGAUCAGGCUUCCUUGUCUCUCCUCUCUUUGUCCGAUAGCUCUAUAAAUAAUCAUCUACUUGGUAAGAGGUAUGCAUCUCCACGU